UCCUCGUCCAAUGGGUAGGGAGGCAGCUAAAAAAAAGAGUAAAAAGAAAAUUAGAGAAGAUGCUGACGAGGUGGUGGACAAAGAGUGGGAUUCUUAUAUCCAUUUCAAGGAGAAAGAGCUUGAAAAAUUGGAAAAGAUAGCAUCGGUGCAAGCAGAGACUAACGAAUUGAUGAAAGAGAAGACUAAUGCGAUGAAAGAGAAGACUAAUGCUAAGAAAGUUAGUAUGUAUCUAAAGCUAACUUCGGAAGAGCAUCUCAGUGACCGUAAGAAAGAGUUGUUAGAGCAGUUGUCCAAAGAGCUAUUUGGAAAUUAAUUUCAAGCGAGUCUUUGUCUGUAAUCGGUCAAACUUGUCAGUGGUGUGAAGUCUGUAGUGUUUGCUUUAAUGUUUGCUUUAAUGUUUGCUUUAAUAAUUUUCAAGUGGUGACAGCUAUGUAAUGUUUGCUUUAAUGUAUGGGUAACUGUGUUUGAAUAUGUGCCACUCAAUUCGAAUCUUGUCCUUUUCCGAUAAUUAACUCUGGUUGAUAACUUAUUUCAAAUCCGGCACUCAACCACCAUUCAAUGUACCUACUUAUAUGGACUCAUAGCUCCAUUGAUGUACCAAUAUCCCAAAUCUCUUCCAAUCUACUUCAAAUUUCACAAAAAAUGGAUCCAUCUGAGUGUCCUUUUGAUCUUGCAGCAUACAUUCAAAAUAGUCAAAUUGAAGAAGCUUAUGUACUCAACCGAUUUAGAGAGCGUCGAAGAAAAAUUCGAGAAGAUGCUGCACCUCGUAGUAGAAAAUAUCUCGGUAGAGAUCAUACAGCGGCAAACCAGAUGCUAAUUGGCGACUACUUUGCCAAUGAGCCUACAUAUGACGAUGCAAUGUUUCGUCGUCGGUACCGGAUGCAAAAGCAUCUUUUCCUUCGAAUCGUUGAUGACCUUUCAAGUAGUGAUAACUACUUCACCCAACGCGUUGAUGCAGCCAAUAAACAAGGUAUAUCACCCUUAGCAAAAUGUACCACAGCAAUGCGAAUGUUAGCAUAUGGUGUGGCAGCAGAUGCGGUCGAUGAGUACAUCAAAAUUGGAGGUACUACAGCAUUGGAGUGUUUACGUAGAUUCUGUAAAGGAAUCAUACGAUUGUAUGAGCAACAGUACCUGAGAGCACCAACCCAAGAAGACCUGCAAAGGAUAUUACAUGCUAAUGACAUGCGGGGGUUCCCAGGCAUGAUCGGGAGUAUUGACUGCAUGCACUGGGAGUGGAAAAAUUGUCCUAAAGCAUGGGAAGGUCAAUUUACUAGAGGGGAUAAGGGAACCACAACAGUUAUUCUUGAAGCAGUUGCAACUUAUGACCUAUGGAUCUGGCAUGCCUUUUUUGGAUGUCCUGGAACGUUGAACGACAUAAACGUUCUAGAUCGGUCACCAGUGUUUGAUGACGUGGAACAGGGAAAGACUCCAGCUGUGAAUUUCGUUGUGAAUCAACGUCCCUAUAAUAUGGCAUACUAUCUAGCCGAUGGUAUCUAUCCUUCUUAUCCAACUUUCGUCAAAACGAUUAGACUUCCUCAAAGUGAACCCGAUAAGUUAUUUGCAAAAGUUCAGGAGGGAUGUCGGAAGGACAUCGAACGUGCAUUUGGAGUUCUUCAAGCUCGUUUUAAAAUCAUCCGUGAACCAGCUCGCUUGUGGGACAUAGAUGACUUGAGUAUCAUUAUGAGGUCAUGCAUCAUAUUACAUAAUAUGAUUGUCGAGGAUGAACGAGAUACAUAUGCUCAACGUUGGACCGAUUUUGAGCAAUCUGGGGAAGGUGGAUCUAGUACACAGCAACCAUACUCGACCGAGGUUUUACCCGCUUUUGCAAAUCAUGUGCGUGCUAGAUCCGAGUUGCGUGAUUCAAAUGUUCAUCAUGAACUGCAAGCAGAUCUAGUGAAGCACAUCUGGGCAAAGUUUGGAAUGUCUCAGGAUUGAAGAUGAUUUGUAUCGUACUAUUUACGUUAUUUGUGUGUUG